UAAAAUUGAGGGACUUUGAAAAUAGAGUGACUGUAUUUGGUUUUCCUGUUUUAGCAAUUUAUGUUGUGAAGGCCACACAGUAACAGUUACACACAACCUUGACUCAAUAUCGCUCAAUUUCAUUGCUUCCUUGUGAGUCUCUCUCUCUCUCUCUUUACUGUAAAAGUUAUAAACCUCUUUCUCCAAAUCUCAUUCUCUGCCUUUUUCUUCCUUUCCCAAUUCCCAUAUGGCUGACGCCAAAGAUUCCUCUAUUCUCAACUCAAAAUCCUCAACCACAAUUUCACAACAACAACAACGUAAGACAACAAAAAUCUUAAUGGCUCAGAACAUCCUCAGACUCCUACCCACUCUCCUCUCCGCAGCAUCCGUCGCAAUCACCGUCACCAACAGCCAAACCGUUUUCAUCUUCGCUCUCCGUUUCGAAGCCCACUUCUACUAUUCACCCUCCUUAAAAUUUUUUGUUGCGGCGAAUUCUGUGGUGGCUGCCAUCUCCUUCCUCACACUCAUAGCCAACUGUUUGAUAAAACGUCAGCCGUCACCUAAAUACAAUUUCUUUAUCCUCUUGCACGACAUGGUGAUGACGGUGGUGUUAAUAGCUGGAUGUGCAGCAGCAACAUCCAUAGGGUACGUGGGACAAUUUGGAGAAAAGCAUGUGGGUUGGCAGCCAAUAUGUGAUCAUGUCACAAAAUUCUGCAGAAGAAAUUUGGUUUCCCUUUUGCUUUCUUAUUUUGCCUUCAUUGCCUAUUUUGCAGUCACUAUUUUAUCAGCCUACAUCUCCCUUUUUUCUUCUCCCAACAAAACUUCACAAAAUGAAGCACACCACACCACCUAGCUAUUCUUAUUUAUUUUAUAUGUACCUCUCAUCUUAACAUAAAUGGCCUCUAUGCUUCUUCAACAACUUUUUAUAAAUGGCCCAUCCUACACAAACUCCCUUAUUAUAGAUAUAUAUAACAUUUCCUGCAUUUAUUUCUCUUUCAA